AAUAAUAAGAAAAUAUCUAUUGUCUAUAGAAACAUUAUCUGGAAUGGAAAACCUUUCUUACCAAAUGAAAGUCAACUUCAUUUUAGAACUUGAAACUCCUUAUCAAUUUCCAGAGGGCUUAUGCUCUAGUUUGAUAUGUAAAAGAGUUUGCAGGCGGAUUUUGGUAGCGAAUUAUGAGAAGAUUUGUGUAAAAGUGAAAUUGACCAAGCAGUUUAGCAGUACAAAUUGCAGAAAGACGAAAAAAUGGACUGACUUUAGCUUGACAUAGAUCGACAUUGUGCCAUACCAGCGUAUGUAGUUUUUGACAGCGGCGAUAUCAUUCUAUCAAUCAAAGGGUUCAUCAGAGCAUUAAAUAAAUAUACUCUAAAAUAAAAAUAGAAAAUCAAGCAAAGAUAAACCAAGUGUUUCACCUCUUCUUUGCAGGAAAUAGUUUGCAAGUGGCUGGCAAUUUUUUUGAUAAUUAUCUUCUAUAUAUUCAUUCCUUGCUUCGCGAUUCAACAAAAGGUUUGAUUCCGGUCGAGCCAGUCUGUCUCAACAUCCAGAGUGCUUCAGGGUUCUAAUCUCGGACCAUUAUUAUUUAAGAAUGUAUAGAUCUAUUGGUUCAGAGCCAGCUCUCUAAUGUCAAUAAAGGCGUGUACAAAAAUUUUAUCCUCAACAUCUCAAAGUUCAAGGUGUGUCAUGUACUUCUACUACACACUAACUUAUAACACAUACUUUAUCUGUUAGAGAUUUAGAUUGACUUUCGAUUCACAGCUUUCGUUUGUUCAACACAUUAACUUUAUAGUUGAAUUAUAUGGAUUUAUUUUUCGUAGCUGCUCAGCAUUUUCUGGCGUUGCUGGCGUUUCGUAAAGUUCCUUGCUUUUUGGAUGAAGGGUGUUUACCCAUGAUGGUGAAAUAUUGCGAGACAGGUUUAAUAUUCAAGCCUUUGAUCAUAGUUCAGUAAACGGCUUGUCUAAUCCUCGUACGUACUUGUCGAGAUUAACUUUCGGAUUCCGAGAGCAAAUGCAAGACAUACUCUCACAUUCAGCUUAAGAAUUCCCAGAACCAAUCUAUUGCUUAGUCAGUAAAGUGAUAUUUUGUAUUAUCGCUUACCUAGAUUAGUAUUAACAUGUAACAAACAUUACAAAAGAUUUGCUUAACAUUCAUCAAUCAUCUGCCUCAGUUAUAUGUAUGUUAUGGUGCUAUUGUAUUUUUAUUUUUCUCUUUUUUUACCUUCUCUAUAUUACAUAUUCUCUUUUAAUUGAGGUGAACUGUUGGGAAAAAAUAUCUAUGGUUAUUAUUAUCAAGUAAAACCUUUUGCUUGCAGCUCUUGCUUUGAUUAUAAGCAAUUACUACAUUGUCUGUUGUUUUUUCUAGAAGUUCUAUUUCUAUUUUCUUCCUUUUAGUGACCCAUUGUCUGCUACCAAGUAAACGUUUGUCACAGCAACGCGAACUUUUUCCAUUGGAAACAAUAAAUUGAUUUGAUUUCUGUAAAAAUGAACUAAACUGGCGUCUAAUCAAGUUCACCGCAAACAAAACCUCCCAGGGGAUAUGCCAACAAUCGAUAAUAAUAGAGUACCCCUGAUGACAGGUCUCCUUGUGCAUACAUUAAAAGUAAAUACGUUCCCCUACCGUAUCAUUAGGGGGCAUAACUUUUGCUUUACGAUAAAUUGACGGUUUUGCCGAUUCUCCCUUGUAUUUUUCUCUAUCGUAAUGUCUGGAAAAAGCCAUGCCUAUCCAGUCCUCGGUUGUCGUUUCAAACAUGAACAUCGAUUAUUUUACGCACGUCAGGAGGCUGAUGAUGGUGAUCGGGAUCUGGAAAGUAGACACCGGGAUGUCCAUCUCCCGAAAGCGGAUUUACCGAGUCUAUUCUCUGGUUUUCCAAUUGUUCUGCCAUUCGGUGGCGCUCUCAUUGCUAGCAGAAAUACCGUCGCUGGCAAAAUCUGACGUGGUGGCUGCGAUGGACAACGCGAAUAGGUUCAUAGUGUAUAUCGUUAUCAUCAUCAAGAUGACAGUCUGGCAAUCGAAAAGGAUGGUCGAUUUGCUCGGUGUCGUCUUGGACCAAAAUCAGCAGAUGCGAAGUGCUGCUAGGACUGACCCGGAGAUCCUCAGGUUGUAUCGGAGACACGUGAGGUACAACCACAAGUUCAUGUUCGUCCUUGUCUACUCUGGAACGGUUAUAGCGUUCGCCAUCGCAGCUAUAGGCGGCACCAACAUCUAUCAAUUCAUUCAGUCGCCUGAGAAUGCCAACGCUACCGAGAAACCAUUACUCUAUCGGUACUGGUACCCUUUCGACAGGAACAAGUACUACUUGAUCGCCUUGGCAGACCAACACGUCAGGCCGACGCUCAGUUGUUUUUGUCUAGGGGUCACGAGCGCGUCGCUCAACUCCCUGGCGAUAUUCGUUAGUGUCCAGUUAAAAGUGUUGCAGCACCACUUCCAACACUUUCACCAACCAGAUGAGGAAGCCCUCGACAGCCUGAAGUUGUUGUGCGUGAAACAUCAACAUCUGAUAGAGUUUUAUUUUAGAUAUACUAUAGAGUUCAGUGAAUCGCUCAAAUACAUAGUGCUGUUGGAUUACAGCGUGUCAUCGGUCACAUUCGCAUUGCUGAUCCUUCAGAUCACCGCAGGUAAAGAAUUAAUAAUCAGCGCCACCAUAUUGACGUUCACCACGCUCCAGCUCAUGACGUUUUCGUGGAACUGCAACGAGAUCAUAGUGCAGGUGAUUGCGAGCAGUCGCGGUAGGAUUUCGAAAAUGGUAGGGUAUUUUCAGAGCACUGAGCUGACGAAAGCGCUUUUCAAAAGCGACUGGUACGAUCAGGAUCGGUCUGCGAAAGUGCUGAUCCACAUAAUGAUGAUGCGGUGCCAGAAGCCUCUGUGUUUGCGCAUCGGUUGGUUGGGAGUGAUGGAUUUGAAUGCGGGAAUAUCGAGGUUAAAAUUGGGCUAUUCCUACACCUCCGUCAUGAACAACUGACCAGACUGGCGAGAUAAUACAAUGUACACGCAGCACAAAUUUUUAUGAAAUAAAAAUAAUUUAUUAUGUCUCUGGUGUUUUGGUUGUCACUCCAUAUCAAAUCACAAACUAACCCUGCUAGGAAAAUAUCGCGAAUUUCCAAAAAUUUGUAUCGGUCCUUUAAACCACUAACCUUACCUAACUCAAAGGCCAAAAGGAUCAACAAACGGAAACAGCAGUAAUAAAAUUAUAUUUGAUCUUAUGGAAAAUGGCUUCAAAUAGACCUCUAAAAUAAAACCUAAAUCUGUUGAUCCAACGUAUUGGUGAAAAUGGUGUAGACAAAAAGACAGAAGGAGAACAAGAAGAAAUAACAAAGGACAACUACAAGAGUAGAAGAGAGCUGGAAGGACAAUGAAAAUAAAAAAAGAAAAAAUCUCGAAGAAACCUAAUAAAUUUAAAAAAAAGGCAAAUAUCUAUUGUCUAUAGAAAUAUCAUCUGAAAUGGAAAACCUUUCUUACUAAAUGAAAACCAACUUCAUUUUAGAACUUGAAACUCCCUUUCAAUUUUUACUGGACAAUUUAGUUAAAAAAUUAUUAUUAUUUUUAUUAUUUUAUUUAAAAAUAGAUGUUCUAUAAGUGAGUGAAAUAAUCCAAGCGGUCUAAGAGUACAAGUCGCGGAAAAACUACUGAUUCAACAGAGUGCAGAAUUUUGAGAGCAGCGAUAUUUUUCUUUUAAUUAAAGAGAGAAAUUGAUAUUUUUUCUAGUUCAUAAUUGCCAUACUGCCAUAAAUGAUAAUAAUCAAAAAUCAUGCAUUUAUAGGUUAACCCAGACCUAUUUUUACCCACAUAACUACAAUGACUUUUGAAAAUUUGUUUCACCGCUGCACAUUUUACAUUGAUUGUAUCUAUUCUCGAAAUCCACACUGACUGUUUUCUUCAACCAACGUGUUUGGCACGCCGGUAACUUGCUCAAGCAAUAUCAAUUUGGCAUGUUUUCGCCUUAAUGCAGAUUUAGAUAUAUUUUUUUGAUAAGAAAUCUAAGACCACAAAACUUUCUGAUAUAACCUUUUCAUCUGAGAAUGCUUAAGCAAAAAUGAGCUCAGAUCAACUAUUAAGGAAGCGCAUUUUUUUUAAAAGAAUGAGACCGGAAGAAUGAGUAAGGCGACAAGAAGAAGAAAAUCUAGAAGAUUUCUUAGACAUUUUAAUAAACAGGUAGAAAAACAAAAGUAUUGUUGCAAUCUCUUAGCUAUAGAAAUAUAAUCUGGAAAGGAAAACCUUUCUUACUAAAUGAAAAUCAACUUCAUUUUAGAACUUAAAUAAGCAGAAAUUUGUGAAGACAACAUUUUAACAUAAACAGGACCAGAAAGACAUUUAAAAGGAGAUUGAUGUCUUCGAUUCGUGGUCAUGGAAGGAGUUUUGAGGUUUUCUUCAAGCGACAAUUAUUUCAUAGAUCUGUUCAUGGAUAUAAGAAAGUGACCAAUUGCUUUUGAUGAACCCGGUGUUAAAUGUGGCAGAACUAGCUUAUGGAAGUGUAUUUAACACAUGGGUUUUAAAUUUUUAAAAAAAUGACAAAAGGCAAGCUUUAAUAUCUAGAAAAAAUUAGGAUUUACAGAGAACAACAAACUCCGAUUAUUUACUUGGAUGAGACCUGGUUCGACACUUAUGAUACCGCGGGAAAGGGUUGGGUUGACUCAACUGACAAGUGUGAAACAAACGCGCCAUCAAAACGAGGUAAAAGAAUAACUAUUUUGCAUGCUGGCUCUAAGGAUGGUUGGAUUCCAAAUGGACUUUCUCUGUCUGCGAAAAAUAUUAAACAUUCUUCUCUGGAUUUCCAUGAAGACACCGCCGCUGAAUUGAAUAUAUUUGAAUCUACAAAAUAAAAAUUAUGCAAAAAAUCUAGGGCAUACAGUUUCAAGGCUCCCACCUUACCGUUUUAUAUUUGAUCCCAUUGAACAUGUUUUUCACCAACUGAAAUUUACCAUUCGUCGUAACAAUGUUUUUCCUCGUGUUAACUCCAAUGUCCUCAAACUUAUAGAUACCGAGAUUUUUAACAUCCCUCCACAAAGUUGGGCAAAUUCUGUUAAACAUAUAGAAAAAGCAGGACAAUCGUAUAUCGCAAAUAAUAUAGAACAAAUAAUAAUUAGGACAGGCGAUGAUAGCGAUAGUGAUACGGAUAUAUUAUGUGAAUAAUUUUAAGUAA